CUACGCAAAGGGCGGGGCGCGGGGAGCGUGCCGGAGUCAGCGGGCUCGACGUUGGCGGGCCGCUCCGCGCGGGGCCCGCUGGGAGCGCGAGGAUGGUGGCCGGCGCCUUCCCCAUCGCCAAGUUGCUCUACCUGGGCGUCCGGCAGCUCUCGAAGCCCCUGGCGGCGCGCAUCAAGGACGGGGCCCGCGCCAGCCCCUUCUUCCGCCAGUAUAUCUGCGGUCCCCCCGCGCAGCUCUACCACUGGGUGGAGAUGCGGGCCAAGAUGCGCAUCAUGGGCUUCCGGGGCGCCGCCAUCAAGCCGCUGAACGAGGAGGCGGCGGCGGAGCUGGGCGCCGAGCUGCUGGGCGAGGCCAUCGUCUUCGGGGUGGGCGGGCUGUGCAUCUUCCUGGAGUACUCCCGCCAGAGCAGCAACGCCAAGAAGAAGGAGGAGGAGCUGAGCUGCACCCUGCUGGGCCUGCAGGAGCAGGUGGCCGAGCUCGGCUUGGCUCUGGAGGCCUUGGACGCCCGGCUGCGCGAGACGAACCGGGUGCUGGUGGAGGUCUCCGCCGCCGCCCCCCCCAAGAAGCCGCCGCCUGCCCCCCUCGGGGCGCCCCCGGGGGGAUCGGGAUCCGGGCCGCCGGGGGAGCGGUCGGCGCGGGAAGGUUAGGAUUCGGGGGGCUGAGAUGCAGGUCCCAACGGAGCGGCCUGGCCUUUUCCUCGAGUGUAAAUACCGGAUCAAUUAAAAGAGCCAGAGAAAGACCCGGUCCCUUCCUUCCGUCGGCGCCGGGGACGACCUGCGAUGGCUCCGGCCCCUCCUCGCUUUCCCAGGACAAAGAGGCGCCUUCGGUUGCAGCCCCAGGACAGAGCUGCGCUUUUCGGAGGGAAGGCAGCAUUUCAGCUCUCCUGGGCAGGGAAGUGGAUUUAUCAGGAAGCAGGCCGGAGAUUUGGAAAGCAGAUGAGGAUGCAUCAACAUUAGCAACCCCACAGAUCAGGUCUUUCUCGACCGGGACAAUUUUGAAGAAGCGGGGGCUUCAACUCCCAGAAUUCCCUAGUCAGCGUGAGAAAUGCCACCAUAGUUCGGCUUCUUGCAUAGAUGUCCUUCCAUGGUGUCUCGGUGUAUAGGUAGUCCUCAAUUUACAACCACACGUUGGGACCAGAGUUUCCAUCCCUAAGCAAGGGGUUGAGUUGCAUCUGAUUUUACAACCUUUUUUGCCACAGCUGUUAAGUGAAUCUUGUUGUCAUUAAGCAAAUCUGGCUUCCUCCAAUGACUGGUUGUGGGAAGGUUGCAGAUUUUAAUCAGGUGAUCCUGGAUACUGCAAUACAUGCCAGUUGCCAAACGCUUGGCUUUUGAUCACGUGACCAUGGUGCUGCUAUUGGUCAUAAGUGUGAGGAUUAGGCAUAAAUCACACUUUUCUGGACCAUCUUAACUUCAGACUUCACUAAAUGAAUGGUUGUAAAUUGAGGAUUACCAGCACCCAUUGCCACUAUAGCCGAGUCCAUCAGAUAGUUGAUGAUUGUUCCUUGUUCUUAAAUUCUUGUGGCAGCAACAUUUCCUGUCAGUCCAUAGCAUUUGGAGGUCCAAAGCUUCAGUAUCCCUCACCAUUCAUUAGCUGUGCUGGCUGGGGCUGCUGGGAGUUGUGGUACAUUCAGCAUCUUGUUCAGUUUUUAGCAGAGGUCUCCAACCUUGGCAACUUUAAGACUUGUGGACUUCAGGUUCCAGAAUUCCCCCAACCAGUCCACAAGUUUUAAAGUUGCCAAGGUUGGGCAUCCCUGGUUUAUAGAGUUUGUGGCUGGAUUUAUUAAAACAUUUAAAUAACCUUC